GCCAUGGCGGCCAGCGAGGCAGUAGAUCCUGGACUCCCGGGGAUUCCAACGGGCCCGGCGCCCCCCGGGAGCGCCCCGGCUCCCCUCAAGAAGAACUUCUUCCAGCCCAUCAACGCCGAGGACGAGGAGCAGCAGCCCACCGAGAUCGAGUCUCUGUGCAUGAACUGUUACAACAAUGGCACAACUCGUCUCCUACUCACCAAGGUCCCAUUCUUCCGAGAAAUCAUCGUGAGCUCCUUUUCCUGCGAGCACUGUGGCUGGAGCAACACGGAGAUCCAGUCGGCGGGCAAGAUCCAGGACCAGGGAGUAUGCUACACUCUGACUGUCAACAGCCAGGAGGACAUGAACAGAGAAGUAGUGAAGACUGAUUCAGCCACUGCAAGGAUCCCUGAACUGGAUUUUGAAAUUCCUGCCUUUAGCCAGAAGGGAGCUCUGACCACUGUUGAGGGAAUAAUCAGCCGUGCUAUCUCGGGCCUGGAGCAGGAUCAACCCCUUCGGAGGGCAAAGGAAGCAGCCAUCGCAGAAAGUAUUGAUGAGUUCAUUGUCAAAUUGAAAGAGCUCAAGCAAGUAAACUCCUCUUUCACUUUGGUCAUUGAUGAUCCUUCAGGGAAUAGUUUUGUGGAAAACCCACAUGCUCCCCAGAAAGAUGCUGCCCUGGUGAUCACACACUAUAACCGGACUCUACAGCAGGAGGAGAUGCUGGGGCUCCAGGCAGAGGCAGCAGGAGAAAGACCAGAAGAGGAAGACCUCCGAAAUGAAGUGCUGCAGUUCAGCACAAACUGCCCAGAAUGCAACGCUUCAGCUCAGACCAACAUGAAGCUAGUGCAAAUCCCACACUUCAAAGAGGUCAUCAUCAUGGCUACCAACUGCGAGAACUGUGGCCAUCGGACCAAUGAGGUGAAAUCAGGAGGCGCAGUGGAACCCUUGGGGACAAAGAUCACCCUACACAUUACAGACCCCUCAGAUAUGACCCGGGACCUCCUCAAGUCUGAAACAUGUAGAGUGGAGAUCCCAGAGCUGGAAUUCGAACUGGGCAUGGCUGUCCUCGGGGGCAAGUUCACUACACUGGAGGGGCUGCUGAAGGACAUCCAGGAACUGGUGACCAAAAAUCCUUUCACACUGGGAGACAGCUCCAGUCCAGAUCAGACAAAGAAACUGCAGGAGUUUAACCAGAAGUUGGACCAGAUUGUGGAGGGGACCAUGAAGGUCCACUUUAUUAUGGAUGAUCCUGCAGGGAACAGCUACUUGCAGAACGUGUAUGCGCCUGAAAAUGACCCUGAGAUGAAGGUGGAGCGUUACAAGCGGACAUUUGACCAGAACGAGGAGCUGGGCCUCAAUGACAUGAACACGGAGGGCUACGAGACGGGCCAGACCGCACAGCGGUAGCCAUGACCAUUCCCAGGCCAGCCACCGGUGCUCAGCCAGCAGGAGGACUUGUCAAAUCUGGAGGGAUUGGAUAUGCUGUGCCCCCUUGGCCAGAGCUGGUCCGCAGUGGGACACUGGUCUGAGUCAGGCCCUCAGCAUGCAUGUUUCACAGAGCGUGAUGC